ACUUGUUCGCGCAGACCAACCUCGAGUUUCAAAACGAAUUCGAACGUUGAAACGAACGGUUCUGUCCAAUCCUCGCCACCCGACGAAGAAGAGCGAAGCAGUGUAAUGCGCAAAAACCUUUUUUUUAGUGAGACCCCAAAAACCGGUUACUAACUGCAGUGGAACAACAGCCACAAGAACUGAAGCAGCCACUAAAGGGACGCAGCAACCACAAAAACAAUAAAACGCAAGAAACUUUGCAAUUUUCUUGGCAAUAACCAAGCAAUACAGUGUUUAGUGAAAGCAAACUGUGAAAAGCGGUAGAGAAAAGCCGACCCGACUAUAAAGAACGCUGAAAACUGAACCCUGAAAGGAGGAAUCUUUUAAAAUGGCCUUCUCCAUUGUGAGCCGAAACAUUUUGCGCACUUCGAGAGAAAUUCUGGAACGCAACAUGGCCGCAACUGUUGGCGCUCUCCACCAGUCCGCCUCCCCGCCCUCCCAUCAGCACGACUGUCAUCGGCUCCAGGUCACAGGUCUAGGAGUCAUCUGUGUAAAUGGGGCUCACAAGCUGCUGUGGCAUCAAAUGCCUACGGCCGCCGUCCAGGCCGUCCGCCACUAUUCGAAGAAAGCCGGAGCAGCCAAGUUGCGACGUGAGGUGGAAAGCGAUUCCGAUUCCGAUUCGGACGACGAAUUUGAGCGGCGCCGUCAAAAGCUUAGCUCCAAGCGCAGUGAACGGGGCGAUUCAGCUUUCUGGCGGCGUAAGAUGCGCACUCUGCACCGCAUCUUGGAUGUCAAUCACGACGGAGUGGUCUCUUACGAUGACUUCAAUUUGCUGGCCAAACGCUUCAAUGAUCUGGGUCACCUGACCCCGGAGGUCGCCGCCGAGUUUAACGAUGUAAUCAAGCAGACGUGGGAGGAGCAGUUUGGAGAGAUCACUCCCUACAAUCUGGUAACUGCCGAGCAGUUCCUAACCGAUCUUCACCAUCGUCUCAACGAUAAGAAAAUGGCCAAGCGCAUCGGUCGCUUCCUGCCCUACUUGUUUAAGGCUGUGGACUUUGACCACACCGGCCACCUGGAUCUCGAACAAUACAAGCUCUUCUUCCGCUGUCUGGGACUGACUGAAGACGAUGCUGCCGUUUCCUUCGCUGUGAUAGACAAGAACGGCGAUGGCCAAUUGUCGCUCAAGGAGUUUGUGCAUUUGGGCCGUCAGUUCUUUUUGACCGAGGACGAUACAAAGAUAUCGAAAAUGUUCUGGGGUCCGCUGGUUAAUGAUCAUUGACGGGAUGAAGUCACUGCUGUAGAUCACAAGUAUAAUAAUAAUCAAACCACUAUCCACAAUCAUUUGUAUCCGUAUCCGUAUCCGUAUCCGUAUCAAUAUAAUCAAGUCCAAAAACGAUUACCAGACCGAUGCAACACCAAUAAUAACAUCAUAAACAAGCCAAUGCUAAAAACAACAUCGAGAAACUUAAAGCAGAUAACGACUACCAGCAAAUCGUGGCCAAUUCGUGUGCUGGCGGCAUGCGAUAGUUGGCCCAAUCUACAGCAUGUGGCGACGCAUAUAUCGGGACCAAAACCCAACAGCAUCAGCACUACCACCACGAUCGUUGUCAGGAACAUGAGCAUUUACGACUAUUUACGUCAACACUUGUCGGCCAAGCGCCAACGUUGCACCUAUGAACCCCACGAAACGCCCCGGAACUUCCCCGCGCCAAAGUUGCGGAAACACAAUUUUAGCAGCUACCAAAAGGAAAGGGAGCGGGAGAAGCAGAGGGAGAAAGAACAUGAGCGGAAAUCCAAGGGGACAGGAUCCAAUUCAUCCAUGGAAGAUUACGACAUUAGAUUCUUUUUCUACCUUAACUCGCUAAUAUUGUUCACGAUGUCCUGCAGACAGUACGAGGGCGAUGACCUUAAGCACUUUAUCUGCGAUCGGAUCCGCAAGUUCGAUCGCUUGCGCAGGAAGGCGCGAAAGCGCCGAAAGCGGAGGCAUAAGCAAGCAGAGCUGAGCGUUUCCUAGGUUCCUAAGCUGUCAACUAAUUUUUUAUAUUUAAGCAUACACAUAUAUAUUAGUAUUUUUUUUUGGCUAUUUAAGAGUUACAUUUAACUGAUAUACACAUAACAGAAAGCAUUGUAAAACAGCUAAAACUGAUUUAAAAAUGUAGCACAUGAUAAUUAA